AUGACCAACAAUAAUAUCAACACAAUCGUAACUUACGCAUCAACACUCGCUUCUCUCAAUAUUGCCGUGGUCAAGAGCAUAGUUGACCUUAUGAGGUUAAACGCUAGACAACAACAACAAACCUUAUCGACGUUGCGGCCUGUUGACACGGCAGCACUUUUUCCACAUAGCAACGCACCACAACCAACGCCCAAAGUUCCACCCAAUCCAAACUUGGAAGCUCUUGUUGCUGCUGUGGCAAGUGUUGCAGCAUCAGACUCUACUCCACCCAAUUCAGGACCUAAGCUAGCAUCCGCGUCCGACGUUCCAAUCGUAGCAUCAGUAUCAGCAGCAGCCGCAUCAGUCAUUACUCCUCUUACUGCCAUCAUCGUUCAAGUGCAUCAUAAUUCAUUGAACCAUACGCUCUAUUUUCAUUUAUCAGCGGAUAUAACACUUGAAGUACUCGUCAAAGGUCUACAAAUAUCAUUCCGGGAUAACAGCAUAUCGAGCCUCUCAUUGUUUUACAAGCGUAUGGACAGUACUUGGCAAUCUCUGGUUAACCCAUCAGGCGGCGAUUACCUCAAGGCUAUGAUGAAACAAGCGAUUGAUACCAAGGCUCCCUUGCAGAUGAAAGUGGUACGUGAGCAGGAUCUACUAUCAGUAUUUGGAUAUAGAUGGUUCCUAAACCAUCAUGGCUGA